AUGGCCCUGGUUGGAUCUCACAAAGUAAUGAAUAGUAGCAACAGAGGAAGACCAUACGGGUUAAUGUUGCUUUUGGCAUUUGGAGCUGCAUUGUUUGGAGUAAUGGUUCUGCACAAGCUCCGGGAGAAACGCAUCUUCAACCUCCUGGUCAAAGAAAAAGACCAUGAGCUCAUUUCCCUUCAUCUUCUCUUGCAGAAGGAAAGGGAAUAUAACAGAGAUGUGAAGAACAAGAACGAAGAGAUGAAAGCAAAGAUGUACACCCUCAGUACCCAAAAGAUGGAGCUUGACAGAAGGCUCCUCGAGACGCAAUCUACAAUUGAUUCCCUAAAAGAUGAACAAAGAACCUUGAAGUCUGCAUUGGAGGAGAUGAAGAAUGAGAUCAAAAUGCGGAGAGAAGCUGAAAUAGAUUCAGCUAAGGAAAUCUCUCAACUGACAGCUCUAAAAGAAAGCUUGAAGCAAAAGAAAGCUGAAAUUGAGGAUUUGAAGCUCCGUCUUGGAUUCCCUAUUGAAGUCUCUAUAAAUAUGUCUGAGAAGGAUAAAUCAAAUUUGAGUUUGAGUAAAGAGAAGGACGGAGAGUCAAGUAAAUACACUAAUAUAAUAAAUGGUGAGAAGUCAACAAGAGUUGAAGAUGGAAGUGAAAAGACAGUUGAACAGUGGUAUAAGCAUGAAACUUCUCAAGAAGAAGAUUCUAAGAACGGAGUCGAUGAAAGUGGUUCGGAUGUAGGAAAGCAAAUAAACAUCACAAACUCAAUGGAGGCAAUUGUUAAUGCUGAUGAAAAUGUUUCAAAACUAGAAGAGAAAAAUAGUGAUGAAAGAGACGGUAAUGAAAGCGAAAUUAUCAAACAUCGGGUGGUAGGAAAAGCAGACAAUUCUCAAGAUGAGAGCCAGGAAGUUCAAACGAAUUCUAAAGGUGGGAAGAAGUUAGAGACUCUAGAUUCUAGAAUUGACGCUGGUCCAAGAUUGAGAGGGAAACAUGGUCAUGUGGGUAGAACGAAGAGAAAGCGAUGGAGAAUGCUUGCUAGAAGCAGAGAUGCUGACUACAAUAGACGACUGCCGAGAAUGAGCAGAAGAUUUCAUAGACUUGAUCGAGAUGAAUUGAGCAAGAGAGAAAGUCAAAUUUCUAAUGACGGAAUAAGAAAAGGAGAGACAAAAGCAGCGGAUGAAAAUCUACAGGAAGUAAGAAAGGCAGUGGAUUCUGAAUAUCUGGAAAACAGAGAUGUGAAGGCUGAGCCACAAAAAUUGCAGGUGGAGCAAGAAAAUGUAAUGUUGGAGCCCCAUAAUUCUCUAGACGUGGAAUUGCGGAGGAAUACAACCGCUGAUGAUGAUUCCACUAAAAUUUCAAGUUAUGCUGAAAAACAGAAACUAGAUGAAUUCAGGCAACCAGAAGAAGACGAAGAAGCCGGUGGCACCAAACAAAAGAUGAGCAGCGGGAACAACAAUGAAGAAGAAAACAUAGGCAAACAAGUAAAAGACGACAACAAACCUGAAAUGACAGACGAAGUGGAGGUUGGAGAUAUGCAAGAAAAAGAGGCUGAAUCAACUUCUUAUGGUGAUUCUGACAGGGAAUCCAAUUCCAACCUUGAGGAGGGUAAAGAAGAGUACAAGGCGAAAACAGACGACUCCGAAUUUUAA